CCCCCUAUAUAAACCAACCACAAUGACCAAUUCUUCGCAUCUCAAAAUCAUCCAGUAUCCAAAAAUCCCAGUUUUGGUCUCACUUCUAAGCUUUUAUAAUUACAGUAUUCAAAAAACCAUUAAGAAAAAUGGCUUUUUCCAAAGUUUUAGUUCUUCAAAUUGCUUUGCUUGUUUCUUUAGUCCAUUUCACAAUGGCAGCUAGGGAACUCCCAAAAUCAUCAUCAUCUCAAGUUGAUGAUAAAAACAUGCUCUUUCAAUACCACAAUGGCCCUCUUCUCAGCGGUAAAAUCUCUCUCAAUUUGAUUUGGUAUGGCAAAUUCACUUCUUCAGAAAGAUCCAUUGUUGCAGAUUUCAUUACCUCCUUAUCUUCCACCUCAAAUCCCACCACUACCAAAAACCAACCCUCUGUCGCCACAUGGUGGAAAUCGACUGAGAAAUACUUCAACUUGGUGAAAUCCAAGAGAGGCUCCCCUUUAGUCCUCUCAUUGGGUACCCAAAUCAUUGAUGAGAGCUAUUCUUUGGGCAAAAUUCUCACUGAGCAAAAUAUCAAACAGUUGGCAGCCAAGGGUCCGCAAAGGAAUGCCAUUAACAUUGUCUUGACUGCUGCAGAUGUGACCCCGGCUAGGUUCUGUUCAAGCACUUGCGGCAGCCAUGGUUCAUUGCUGAGCUCCAAAUCCGCCACUCCAAAGGGCAAGAUUUACAAGUUUGCUUACAUUUGGGUUGGGAAUUCAGCAACCCAAUGCCCAGGUAAAUGCGCCUGGCCAUUCCACCAGCCUACCUAUGGACCUCAAAAUCCGCCUUUGGUUGCACCAAACAACAAUGUCGGAAUUGAUGGGAUGAUCAUCAAUAUUGCUACCCUUUUGGCCGGAACGGCGACCAACCCAUUCGGAAACGGCUACUUUCAGGGUCCGGCCACCGCGCCUCUGGAGGCUGCCACCGCUUGUCAGGGGAUUUAUGGUAGUGGAGCUUACCCUGGAAAUGCAGGAAACCUGCUUGUAGAUCCAACCACUGGCGGAAGCUACAAUGCAGUUGGUGGUAACGGGAGGAAGUAUCUCUUGCCGGCGUUGAUCGAUCCUUCAACUGCAACUUGUUCGACAUUGGUCUAAAAAUUCAUUUGGGUUACCACUGUAUAGAGAGACAAAGUUAUUAGUACAUGGAAUUGUAGUCCUCAGUUUCCAGUUAAAAAUUCAUUCAUUCUUUCAUUCUUUAUUAUCAAUACUAAUGAUUAUUCAAAGGAAAAACAGUUCAUCACAUUUUCAUUUCUGAAUUAUGUUUGAUUGAUCCUGUUAUACCAGAAGUUCAUUUUUUCCAUUUUGCUGUGAACUGGGUUUUUUUAUUACAUGAUUCAGCAAAAUUUGGGAUGAGAUCAUAACAAUUUGAACUACCACAAAAACUUGUCGACAGGUUAAAUUACAUUUAAUUGUCUAUCUAGAGAUUUGGCGUCCUGGAACAAAUAGCCCUAAGAUAAAUG